CCCACGCGAGUCGCCUUCUGGAGCGGGCGGGCGGGCGAACGAUGCCGAAGCCGGCUCCCGUCUCGCGGCGGAGGCCCCCCUAGGGCACGCGCAAGUGAAGCGGCGGCGGAGAGCCCCACGUGCGCCCCAGCCCGGCUCCGGAGUAGCUGCGGCAGGCAAGCUCAAGAUCUACUUGCUGAAUAUACAUUCAGGGAAAACAGUGAACGAGCAUGGAUGUUUUCACGCAGGUUGGCACAAAGAAUCUCUCCUCGGCCAAUAUGUCCACUUUUCUCUCGGGCAGAUUCGGGUACCAGCUCAACUUCACUAGCAGUUCUCCAUCCAUGUCUAUCAGCAAGCUCUUCCCAGCCUUGUUACAAUGCUUUGGCAUCAUCCUCUGUGGAUAUAUUGCUGGACGAGCCAACAUAAUCACGUCGACUCAGGCUAAAGGGCUAGGAAACUUCGUCUCUCGCUUUGCUCUCCCUGCUUUAUUGUUCAAAAACAUGGUUGUCCUGAAUUUUUCCCAUGUGAACUGGUCCUUCCUCUACAGCAUCUUGGUUGCCAAAGCAUUAGUAUUCUUCUUAGUGUGCAUCUUAACGUUGUUGGUAGCCACUCCAGAGAGGCGGUUUAGCAAAGCUGGACUGUUUCCCAUUUUUGCCACUCAGAGCAAUGAUUUUGCACUAGGAUAUCCUAUAGUUGAAGCUUUAUAUCAAGCCACCUACCCAGAAUAUCUUCAGUACAUUUACCUGGUCGCGCCGAUAUCUCUUAUGAUGCUAAAUCCCUUAGGAUUUAUCUUCUGUGAAAUCCAGAAAUCAAGGGACAGUCGGACUACCUCUCUCAGCAAAAACAAGAUAGUGUGGCUUGGACUUCUUCGAGUGUUGCAGAACCCAAUUGUGUUUAUGGUCUUCAUAGGAAUUGCCUCAAAUUUCCUUUUUGCCCAAAAGGUUCCUGAGUAUCUGGAAAACUUCCUUGAUGGACUUGCCAGCUCAUUUUCUGGCUCAGCACUUUUUUAUCUGGGGCUCACCAUGGUGGGCCAGAUAAAGAAACUGACAAAGGGAACGUUUGUUGCACUGAUUCUUCUUAUUACAGCUAAACUACUGUUGAUGCCACUUCUAUGCAGGGAAAUGGUGGAGUUACUGGACAAGAGCAGCAGCCUGGUCAACCACACCAGCUUAGCAAACUAUGCAUUUCUUUAUGGAAUCUUUCCAGCCGCUCCCGGUGUGGCCAUCUUUGCUACACAGUUUAACAUGGAAGUAGAAAUUAUCACUUCUGGAAUGGUAAUCAGCACUUUUGUCUCUGCCCCUAUCAUGUAUGUUUCUGCUUGGCUGUUAACUAUUCCAUCUAUGGAUCCAAAGAAAUUGGCAUCUGCAAUCCAAAAUGUUAGCUUUGAUAUUAGUAUUGUUAGUCUUGUUUCUUUGGUCUGGUCCCUUGCUGUCAUUCUUCUGAGUAAAAAAUGCAAACAGCUUCCUCACAUGCUUACAACUAACUUACUGAUUGCACAGUUUGUAUCCUGCAUUGGGAUGGUGAUGUGGAACUUCACUAUUGAGGAAAGAAACGUCACUGUGCAAAUACUUGUGUUCGUUUUCCUGUACAGUGCACUUUAUAGUGCUUUUUUGUGGACAGGUCUCUUAUCCCUGUCUUUGCUGCUUUUGAAAAAAAAAGAAGCCAUAAAAGUCCCGAUUGGAUUUAUCAUUCUAGCUGGCUGGGGGAUCCCAGCUGUUCUUGUUGGAAUCAUGUUAAUGGCUGGUGAACGAAGUAAAGAUAUCAUCGACUCUGCAUUUUUUUAUGGGAAGCUUCAGAUGAUUAUUACGGCGGUAAUUGUCUUCAUCAGCAUAUUGAUCUCAGGUGUGUCGCUCAUGUGCAUGAACAGGGCAGGCCCAGAGGCCAGCUAUGAAGUAUUGACCCAGCAAUCCCAACUGAGUGCAACGGAGGAACCUGAAAGGGAUGCAAACGAGCAAAGCCCCUCUUCAAACAGUGUUUCUCGUUCACUGACAGAGCCCUCCGUGGAAAGAGGGUUUUGUGCAUGCCGAAAGCAGAAUGGAGAGUUAUGUUCUUUUGAAGGCGAGCCAGUAUCUACCCCUGGUGCUACUGCUAUCAACACUCCAUCAAUUGAGACAGCGCAUCAGUGUUUGAGUCCGUGCCAGUCUCAGAGCUGCCCGUUGGCUCAGGAGGAGCAGCUUCUUCAAGUGGGAGACAAACAGCUGGCCAGACACGUGCUGCUGUGCCUGCUGCUCAUCGUGGGCCUCUUUGCUAAUCUCUCCAGUUGUUUGUGGUGGUUAUUCAACCAAGAACCUGGAAGGCUCUAUGUGGAACUGCAGUUCUUCUGUGCUGUAUUUAAUUUUGGUCAGGGAUUCAUUUCUUUUGGAAUUUUUGGCUUAGACAAACAUUUAAUUAUUCUUCCAUUCAAACGAAGGUUUGAGUUCCUCUGGAGUAAUAGAGAAGCAGGAGAACGAAGGGACUCCUCCGUACCUGAGGAAAUCCGGAUGACAUGCCAACAGUUUGUUCAUUACCACAAAGAUUUGUGCGUCAGGAGCAUUGUCCAAGACAGAAGGUGUGGGGUGAAGAUGGCAACUGGCGUCUUCUUUGGCUGUGACUUGGUGAACUGGCUCAUCGAAGUUGGCCUCGCCUUAGACCGCGGGGAAGCUGUGGUGUACGGAGACAGAUUGGUGAAAGGCGGCAUCAUCCAGCACAUUACCAAUGAAUUUGAGUUUCGGGAUGAACAGUUACACUAUCGCUUUGUUCCCAGAAGAUCUGUGGCAAGAGAGAGCCAUGGAAAUGGGAAGGUCCUUCGAAUAUUGCCCAGACAGGGUUUUCCUAACACUCUGCCAUGACACGUUUUUGUAUGGCACAGCUGUUCACUUUUCAGCUGUAAUAGGGUUUUGUUUGCCUCCCACCCAAAGAGAAUGAUCUCUAACAUGUAUUGAAUGCUGACAUGCAGUAGGUCACUUCAGGGAAUUAUUUGAACUCGUAUAAAUUAAAAUAAAUAAGAGAUUAUUGGUUCUCAUUUUUUAAAAUGUGGACGGAAGUCAUUAUAGUAACCAAUCUUAAUUUUCCUUACUGCGUGUAAUGUGCUUCGGAGGAAACUCUCGUUUUUCUGUUUAUGCAUUUGUAUCAUGUGACACGUCGGCCAAAAAAAAAAGAGAGCCAAGGUUGGCUCUUGAAAAACUCUUAGCUUGUGUGCCUUCUUUUUCCUUUUUGAAGGCAAAGCCAUUUAAGCUGACACUGUGGGUGUUUGGAAGGAUCAAAACUGCGAAACAAGCAAGUUUUGCUCUUUGGGGUCUUAUCUAAGCAAGUCAGUCCUUGAAAGAACUCAGGAGCAAGCUGCAGCCCUGUAUACUGUCAGUUGCUUUCCUGUAAAAGUCCAUGGGGUUUAAACCAGCCUACGGGUAUGCAGGACUGCCCCCUUAAGCAUGAUAUUUUUUUCAAGCAUUUUCCUAAUUUGCACCUCCCAAAUUAGAACAAAGGCCUUUCUUAAAAAUAAACAGAGCCAAAUACUUGACUUAGGUCUGAUGUUUAUUUCAAUAUUGCAACCUAAAGAACUCAUUGAUGUAUAUUGUAUGGUUAGAAUAAAGACUUGGGGGGUGGGAAAAAACCCUCUGUUUUCAUGGGCUUAAUAGAGACAAUGCAAUCAAGUGCCAGUAAUUCCCCUAUCAAUUUACAGCUGCUCUAUUUUUUUUUUAUGCCCGUGUGUGUUUCUUGUCUACAUAUCUUGUCCCUUUUCUCAUUGUAAGCUGGUGUUACAUGGUAAAGAACACUAGAAAAUGGAAUGGCCUUUAUUGAUCUUCUUGAAAGGAAAGAGGAAUGUUAACUUUCCAUACAGGUACUAAUUACAAGUGUAACUGGAACAAAGUGAAAUGAAUUUGGAACAGGACUUUAUUUCUUCCUUUAGAAUAAUUAGAUCUGCGUUGGUUAUCUUUCUCUGACGACCUUUCGUUUUUGUUCAUCGAGGUGGUAUAUUUAAUUUGUGUAAGCAUAUGGAUGGUAUUUCAAAGGCAGGCUUCUUAAACUUUUGGCUGUGAUGCUGCAGUAGUAGGAGGAGUUAGUCGUCCUAACAGCCUAAAGUAUAAUCACUAGCCACAAUUGAUUUACGCCGAUAUGCAUGGAAGAUGUAAACAACUUCCUUUUGCUGUCAAACAUGUAUCUGUUACAUCAAUGUUGUACGUACAAAGUUUGCUGACGUAGCUUGUAUGCAGACUGACCCUAUCUUUCAUAAUGAAGAUUGUUAUAGUGAAGUUUGGUUUAUUUAACCUGAUCAGCAGCUGAAAAUGGAAGUGCUGCUGUUACUUCUGAAGCCAAUCUUGUUUCUGUCUAUUUUGAGAAGAAUUAUGGAGAAAUUCAUUUUGGAAGUAGUUCAUCGUCAUUCUACAUUUUCUGUAUUUCUCAAUAAAUAAGAUUGUUUUA